AUGGCCGAAGCACAUGAAGCUGUUGCAUUUUCAUUUCAAAUUGGUCCUGAUGGUGUUAAUGUUAAUUUAAGUUUUGAUGCCGUAAAAACAAUUGUUUACAGCGGUUUAAGAUCAUGGAAAUUAAGAUGGCGACGAGGUUUAAAUUCGUUAUAUAAUAGUUUGUAUCCAGGUGGUCCCAUUCGAGGAAUAGCAUACGUUGGGUUAGUAUCAACUUUAUAUUAUAAUGGUUAUGAUCUAUCAUUUCAAAUUAUACCAUGGCUCGAACAACAUGUAUUUCGACCAUAUUUUUUACCAAAAACUUCGAAAAUAUUAGCCUGUGUUGCGUUUGGUUGUGGAUCCUAUAUUGUAGUUAUUGAAAUAAGAAAACAAACAUUAAGAAUAUUAUUUUCCUAUCAUGGAUGGAUGUAUCAGACUCAUGGCAAAAAAACUCCAAUUUUAUCAAAAUUAUGGGGAGGAAUAGUUUCAUUAUUGGUUGGACGAAAUCCGUCAUUAUAUAGUUGCCAAGGAUCUUUACCAACAUUACCAUUGCCAUCUGUGAAUGACACAGUGGAACGAUAUUUACGAACAGUGCGUCCAUUGUUCGAUGAUGCUGAAUAUACACGUAUGGAAAAGUUAGCGGAAGAAUUUAAAAAUUCACUUGGCGGACGAUUACAGCGAUAUCUGUGGCUAAAAUGGUUAUUAUCCUCCAAUUAUGUCUCAGAUUGGUGGGAAGAAUAUGUUUAUUUACGUGGUCGUUCACCAAUAAUGGUCAACAGUAAUUUUUAUGGUCUGGAUGCCGUUUAUAUUCGUCCAACAACAGUCCAAAGUGCACGUGCAGCAAAUUUAACAUGUGCUGCAUUUUUUUAUCGAACUGAACUCGAUAAAGAAAAUAUUAAGCCGUUAAUGGUUCAAAAACUGGUGCCAUUGUGUUCACGACAAUAUGAGCGUCAAUUUAAUACAGUUCGAAUACCAGGCCUUGAAACAGAUAAAAUUAUUCAUUAUUCGGAUAGUCGUCAUAUAGCUGUUUAUAAUAAAGGACGAUGGUAUAAAGUGUAUACAUUCUACAAUAACCAGUUAUUAAUGCCAUGUGAAUUACAAAUACAGUUCGAGGCAAUUAUUAAUGAUACAACACCUCCAUCAAAAGGUGAAGAACAUUUAGCGGCAUUGACAGCUGGUGAAAGAAAACAAUGGGCACAAGCAAGAAAUAAAUAUUUUUCAACAGGAAUCAAUCGUUCAUCAUUAGAUGCUAUUGAAAAAGCAGCAUUUAUUAUCAUUCUGGAAGACGAAGAUUAUGCAUUUACUGCUACUAUGAGCAAAGACUUCAAUGAUUACGCCCAUUCUAUUUUCCAUGGAAAAGCAUAUGAUAGAUGGUUUGAUAAAUCGUUUAAUUUUAUUAUUAGCAAAAAUGCUGUGUUCGGUUUCAAUGUCGAACAUUCAUGGGCUGAUGCACCUAUUACUGGACACAUGGUCGAAUAUGUUAUAUGUGAAGACAUUAUUCAUUUUGGAUAUGACAAAGACGGAAAUACUAACGGGACUCCUCGCUUCGAUGCAAUCAAGCCAAUCAAACUAAAAUGGAAUAUAUCUGAUGAGUGUGAUCAAGUUAUUGAAUCUAGCUUGGCGGUCGCUACUGAAUUAUAUCGCGAUGUUGAUUUAAAUGUCUACAUUCAAGAUGAUUAUGGAAAAGGUUUUAUAAAAAAAUGUAAACUAUCACCGGAUUCCCAUAUCCAGAUGGCUUUACAAUUGGCAUAUUAUAGAGAUUCUGGCAAAUUCAGUUUGACAUAUGAAGCAUCAAUGACAAGAUUAUUUCGUGAGGGUAGAACAGAAACUGUACGCUCGUGUUCAAUUGAAUCCUCUCAAUGGGUGAAAUCAAUGAAUGAUCCAAAUAUUAGCAAUGCAAAACGUAUUGAAUUAUUACGUUUAGCAUGUGACUACCAUCAACAACAAUAUCGCGAUGCAAUGACUGGAAAAGGGAUUGAUCGACAUUUAUUUUGUUUAUAUGUUGUUUCAAAAUAUUUGGGUGUUGAUUCACCAUUUUUACAAGAAGUUUUAAGUGAACCUUGGAAAUUAUCAACAAGCCAGACACCACAUAAUUAUGAAGAAAAAUAUGCCAAAUAUACCAAAGAUCCAUCUAAAAUAAAUGCUGGUGGGGGCUUCGGACCGGUUGCCGAUGAUGGAUAUGGUGUUUCAUACGUAAUUGCUGGUGAAGAUCUUAUUUUCUUUCAUAUAACAUCAAAAAAAUCAUCAUCAGCCACGGAUUCUCUACGUUUUGGUAAUCAUAUUAAGAAAGCUUUCAAUGAUAUGAAAAAUUUAUUCAACAAUGAAUCAGUGGAGUAA